AUUCCACCGCACUGAAGAACCAUAUUAAGAAGGGCCGGAACAAGCGGAACAGCAUGCUCAGCAGUCCUCCUGCACCUGUCUCUGCGCAAAGCUACUAGAGGUCUUGGUAAUUACAUGCCAAGCAAUCGCCGUCCGCCCAUAUGUCACCACCAAGGACCUGGACCUGAGCCUGCCAUGGCUGGUCAGCGUCCAACAUCCCGUCCACUCGAUAGUGCGACCUAUAAUAAACUGGUGGGGCUAGCAUACCGUCAGCAGCAAACGGAUGCUGCGCUACACAUAUCCGUUGCCCGUCGAUAUACGCAUCUCUCGGGUGCCAGCUUCCGAAAUUUAUUUAACAGCGCCGCGAAGCUGAUUCGCACGACUAUAUACUCUGCAGAUGCAGCAGACACGGGAUGUGCCAGGUCCGUUAUAUCUCUCGCCACCUGGAAUCGAUCAACAUCAUGAUAGGCCUGCCAUGAGACAAAUCCAUAUCGGAUCGCCCAAUAGACAGUUUAUAAACCGGCUUACGGUUAUGGAGUCUCACCUGGCGGCCGCAAAUUAAUUGCAUGAAGAAAGAAGCCUGACUUGAAAAUCACGACCACAAGCCAAAGAGGGAAGUCACGGGAGUUUGCAAUGUAC